AUGGCUCAGCCGGCGGGCCCGGCGGGCGGCGGGGAGCCCCGGGCAGAGCCAACGGGCGGCGAGGGGCCUCCGGACCCCGGGGCGGCUGGCGGCCCGCCGGACGCGCUGAGCCUGGAGGAGAUCCUGCGGCUCUACAACCAGCCCAUCAACGAGGAGCAGGCGUGGGCCGUGUGCUACCAGUGCUGCGGGUCCCUGCGCGCCGCGGACGCCGGCCGCCGCCAGCCCCGUCGCCGCGUGCGCUCAGCCGCGCAGAUCCGCGUCUGGAGGGACGGCGCCGUCACCCUGGCGCCCGACGACGCGGGAGAGCCGCCCCCCGCUGCGGGUAAAUUGGGAUAUUCACAUUGUACAGAAAUAGAGGUUAUUGAAUCUCUGGGAAUUGUUAUUUAUAAAGCACUGGACUAUGGUUUGAAGGAGAAUGAAGAAAGGGAGUUAAGCCCCCCCUUGGAGCAGCUCAUUGAUCACAUGGCCAAUACGGUGGAAGCUGAUGGCAGUAACGAUGAAGGCUAUGAGGCUGCAGAUGAAGGCCUGGAAGAUGAAGAAGAUGAAAAGAGAAAAGUCUCAGCCAUCCGGUCAUAUAGAGAUGUCAUGAAGUUAUGUGCUGCUCAUCUUCCAGCUGAAUCAGAGGCACCAAAUCAUUAUCAGGCAGUAUGUCGUGCACUGUUUGCAGAAACAAUGGAGCUACACACGUUUCUGACUAAAAUUAAGAGUGCAAAGGAGAAUCUUAAGAAGAUUCAAGAAAUGGAAAAAAGUGAUGAAUCUAACACAGACCUGGAAGAGCUGAAAAACGCUGACUGGGCUCGAUUCUGGGUUCAGGUGAUGAGGGAUUUGCGGAAUGGAGUAAAACUUAAGAAGGUCCAAGAGCGGCAGUACAACCCUUUGCCCAUUGAAUAUCAGCUCACCCCUUAUGAGAUGCUAAUGGACGAUAUUCGAUCCAAAAGAUACACUUUGCGAAAAGUAAUGGUCAAUGGUGAUAUUCCCCCUCGGUUAAAAAAAAGUGCUCAUGAAAUCAUCCUGGACUUCAUCAGAUCAAGACCCCCUUUAAAUCCGGUCUCAGCCAGAAAACUGAAACCCACUCCACCACGGCCACGGAGCCUCCAUGAAAGAAUAUUAGAAGAAAUCAAAGCAGAGAGAAAGCUGCGGCCCGUCUCACCAGAGGAGAUGAGACGCAGCAGAUUAGAUGUAACUACCCAUGAAUCUCCAAAGAACAUUGUGGAAUCAUCGAUGGUGAAUGGAGGUUUAACAUCACAAACGAAAGAAAAUGGAUUGAGUGCUGCACAGCAGGUGCCUGUGCAACGGAAGAAGCUCCUCAAAGCUCCAACUCUGGCUGAACUGGACAGCUCUGACUCCGAGGAGGAAACUCUACACAAGUCAACCAGCAGCAGCAGUGUGUCUCCCUCCUUCCUUGAAGAUCCCUUAGUAGAGGCUGUGUCCAUGAGGAAGAAGCCUCCAAAAUUCUUGCCCAUAUCAUCAACACCCCAGCCAGAGAGACGGCAGCCACCCCAGAGACGACAUUCCAUUGAAAAGGAAACACCCACUAAUGUAAGACAGUUUCUUCCACCAUCCAAGCAGAGCUCCCGAUCUCUUGUUCCUAGGAUAACCAGUGUUUGGCCAAGGACGCCUUUCCGACCACUUUUUUCUACCAUACAAACAGCUUCUCUGCUCAGCUCUCAUCCUUUUGAAGCAGCCAUGUUUGGGGUAGCAGGGGCUAUGUAUUAUCUAUGUGAGAGAGCUUUUACCAGCAGGUGGAAAUCCUCAAAGGAGGAAUUUUGCUAUCCGGUGGAAUGCCUAGCUCUCACUGUGGAGGAAGUGAUGCAUAUUCGUCAGGUCCUGGUGAAGGCAGAGCUGGAAAAAUACCAACAGUAUAAAGAUGUCUACACCGCCCUGAAAAAAGGAAAGCUCUGCUUUUGUUGCCGAACCAGGAGAUUUUCCUUCUUCACCUGGUCUUAUACCUGUCAGUUCUGUAAGAGGCCGGUGUGUUCACAGUGUUGCAAAAAGAUGCGGCUGCCCUCCAAACCAUACUCCACUCUUCCCAUCUUUUCAUUGGGACCUUCUGCCUUGCAAAGAGGGGAAAGUUGCAUGAGGCCAGAAAAGCCUGCCACUGGCCACCAUCGGCCACUCCGGAGCAUUGCCAGGUUCUCCAAAUCUAAGUCUGUGGACAAAUCCGAUGAAGAACUACAGUUUCCCAAAGAGCUGAUGGAGGACUGGAGUACUAUGGAGGUGUGUGUAGACUGCAAAAAGUUUAUUUCGGAAAUCAUCAGUUCGAGCCGGCGCAGCCUGGUGUUGGCUAACAAAAGAGCCCGAUUAAAAAGGAAAACACAGUCUUUCUACGUGUCCUCCCCAGGCGCCUCGGAAUACUGCCCUUCAGAGAGGACUAUCAAUGAAAUCUGAGCCCGUGCCUUUCAGUUGCUUUGUGUUCAGAGUCGGCACUAGCGCGGGAGAACACUGAGCUGGGCUGUCUCUCCUUGCCGUGGUCUUAGUUAAUAGGCUUGAAUUUGCAUUAGAUCAGGUUUUUGCCGCAUCACGUUGUUCCACAGACUGAAUGCUUUGUUCAUCUCGAUUAAUGGUACGUGACAGGUCAGCCAGUUGCUCGUCUGCACCAAGAGAGAACAGUAGUUUGAAACUUGCUUGUGUGUGUGUGUGUGUGUGUGUGUGUGUGGAGUUGGAGGCCAGAGACUUUUUCCUUAGUUCAGUUCCUUACUGUUCCUAAGAUCAUUUCCUGACUAAGGCAAAAAGCUUCUCGUGUGAGAAAUCGGCCUCACAACGGUGUCGAUGUUCGCACAGUUCUAAGCAGUAAGUCAUAUUGGCACCUCCACCCGACAGUGUUCCUAUCUAAUGGACAUAGUGGCCGGGCUCUGCCACAUACCAGGUCCCCGGGGUCGCCGGGCCAGGCUGUGUAUCCGCUCAUGGCACAAAACCUGGAAGGAUUUGCUCCUAUCAAACUGAUUUUAAAUUGUUGUUGCUCUGAGCAGGGACUUCAUGCCUGCAUUCUAGUGCAGAACAUCUGGGUGAUCUGUACACCCCAGUGGGGGACCAUUUCCUCUGAGCUGCUGUGUUUCCCCCGGGGCCACGGAUCAGUGUCUCCUGAGUGGGUGACAUUCACUAUCUUGAAUGUAUUAUGGUUAAUUGUAGUUUUGUAACAGAGGUCUAAGAUUAAAGUUUUGUGGGAGUUUCAGGACAAAAGAAGGCUAAAAGUUUGUCAAGAAGUCGAGUGUAUUUUGGUUAACUGUGAGAAGGGUUGUGACAGCGUAGCGUGCCGGCCGUUGCCACACUUCGGGGAAUGAGCUGGAGCUCAUCCGUUUUCAACUACAUUUUCCAUAACUUUAUAGUCUUAGCCAUCACAACUAAAUUAAGCCACAAUUUGGUACCUAAGGUCUCAAACUGAAAUUUAUUUAUUUUUAUAAAUGAAUUUUAAGGGGAAAAAAAACAUUGUCUAGUUCUUUUAAAAUUACAAGAAAAUUAACCUGCUGAUUGACUUUUUGGAUGCUUUUUGCACAAGUUUUCCUUGCAAACAACUGGAGUGAGUAGGGUGGGUUUUUGAUGGAGGCAGGUUGGAGGGUAGCAGUGUACACUUGAAAUUUCUCAGCUUGCUUGUCCCAGGCUAGGAGCUGUCCUCUAUUAUUUUAGUUAUGCUUAGAAAUGACCAACCAAUCAAAUUGCCAUUGAUGUUUGGAAAAUCAGUUAAUGCACAUGCACAAGAAUUUCCUAAAAGCUAUAGGACACAUCUGUAGUGAGCACUGUAACAGCACCAUUUAAUAAAAGGCAUGGCAGUCACAUUUCAUUCCACAUCCAAGCAUAGUUAACAUUUCUAUAUUAGAUUAACAGUAAUACCUCACAACUGCUCUGGUAGUAGUUUUUAAUGGAUUGAAAUUUACAAUUUAGUAAAUGGCUUAAAAUUACUUAUACUUAUGAAAUAAACUUUACCGAUU